AUGGUAUUUGCAACGCGAGCAAACGGAAAAGCCGCAAAGGAAGGGGUUAAGCACGAUGAAGAAGAUGGCACGGAUUCGUGCCCGGUCCUUGGCGAGGAAGAAAUACCCACCAGUGACGUCCAAUCUCAUCGAAUCCGGGACGUGCGGCGUAUCGAUAACGGUGUGCUUAUCCCGAAGCGAAGCCUAGCGCAGCGGAUUCGUAGCUACAAGAACCGGUUUGUUCAACGGGCACUCGUGGCAUGUCACCUAGCCGAUCCAUCGAAAGACCUGAUGUUCAAGCAGGAGCAGACAAGCAACAAUGUAACCAUCGAGAGACUUAGAACGAUACGCAGCAGCCUCGUUGCCCACUCGCAGAGCAUUGUCCGCUUGUCGACUGCUAUUUGUUGCUUCACUGGUAACUCAGCACGUGUUCACGAAGACGCACAUAAAGCACAGGUCGACGUUGCGAAAGAAGGGUACAGGAUUUAUGAAUGCUCACUUGUCUUCAGCGAUCAAGUAGAAGAGACCAUUCUUACGAAGAUUGACAACCGACUUGCCGAGCUUGAGCGCAUUCAUUUUCUAAUCGAGGAGCGUGCGAAGCUUGUACUCGACGUCGAAUACGCCAAACGGACGUUGGUCGUGGAGCAACAAAAAGGGAAUAUCAACAGUAUUGCCGACCGCAAGCAAGCGCUUGAACAUGCCCAACUCGAGUGCGAGCGGGCGACACGAUCCAUCACGGAGCAGCUGAAAUCCGAUCGUCCCAAUCAAGAUACUGACGUGUCCAAGCUCUUCCAAGAGUACACGCGACUCGUAGCAGAGUUUUUCGAGCGUGGUGUUGACUUACUUGACGGCGCCAAAUGA